CAGAUUCCAGUUGACAGGAAUAGAGAGGGGAAUAAAAUUGGGGGUAAUGAAGAUAGCCCUCAAUUUCGAAGGUCCAAAAUCUAUUAUUUUUUUUUAUUAUUUGUUUAUUACUAAAAAUCUGUGGGUAAUGAUUGUCUCGUGAAAUAAAAUAAUAAAGAAAAAUGUAUGUUUCUUGAUGUGUAAAAUGAAAAUUAAUUCAGACAGAUGAAAUUUAUUAAAAUGAAACACAAUAAUAAUGAUAGUGUGCUGUCAAAUCACAGAAAGUUGAUAUGCAAAUAAUAGUUGAAGUUCGUUGAUAAAAGUGAAAGAAAAGGAAUCAAGGAAUUGCGAAUAUAUCUUCUAUUUCACUUCAAAAUGCAACAAGAAGGCACCCCAAAAUUCUUAAAAUUUCAUCAAGGAAGAGUGAGGGGUGUCGCUUUCAGUCCGCGGGAUCGGUAUUUAUUUUGCUCGGGAGGUUACGAUGGCAAAGUUAAUCUCUACUCUGCUUUGCGAAUGGAAUUACUUACAUGUUAUCAGAUAACUGCAAUGACCCAAACACAAAAUGUCAAUGCUGUAAGAUUCACUUCAGACGGUUCUAGGGUUUUGGCUGCAACUAAUGCAAGAAGAUUAGUCGUCGUGGAUGUUGAAAGAGGAGAACAACUUUUAGCUUAUGACAAUUGUGCGUUUAAUGGAAACGGAAAUCGAACUGGAUUAGCUACUGAUCCUGCGGGUCCAAAUUUAGCAAUUUCUGUUGCUGUCAAUGGAAAAGGUCUCACUUUAGUUGAUCUUCGAAUGCCACUGCCCUUAGAUUUUGUUUAUGACCUACAUGGAUCUGUUAUAAGAGACAUUUGCUUCUUACCUUCAUCAUGGCCGUGGCAAAAUUCUAUUCUAACCGGAGGAUCUGAUGGCACUUGCAAAGUUUCAUCACCUGAUGGCAGAGUGUUUCAUACUUUUCAAACUGGACAUACAGUUAAUACAGUUUGUGUAACUCCUGAGCCAUUUUGUAGAAGUGCAGAGGAUGGAUUUUACAGCUUAAUCAUGAGUGGCGGUGAUCUGGUUUCGGCUUAUGUUCCCGACACUGGAAUUCAAGAGCAUCUCAAGGAACAAAAAGAUUCGCCAAUUUGGAAAAUGAGAUAUACUUCAAACGGUAGUACGCUUUUUUCUGUCUGUGAUGGGGGAAUUUUGAGACGCUACAGAAGAUAUCCUGAUCAUCAUGAAUAUCUGGGAGAGGUUUAUCGUCACAAAGGAGAUAUUCAAGACGUAGAUGUUUCUCCAUACGAUGAAUAUAUUGUUACUGCCUCAAAAGAUCAAAGUGUUGGAGUUCUUUUGCUGGGUCCUCCAAAUCACGGGUUCACUGAGUACACAGAAUUAACAUGAUACCGGUUUCUAAAUGAAAUCCGUCCUUGUCAUUUUUUAUGUAGAGCUCACACUGUGAAAAACUGUCAAAAAGAAAACUGAGAACCUGAAAAAUUACAAUUUAUAUAAUGUGAAACAGAAACAGUGAUUAAGUCCAGUGUAUCCUGUGAAAACUGUAUACACAGCCUUGGGAAAAAAAUCGGUUGUUCAAGAAUUUUUGAUGUGUGUGUGUUUGUGGCUUAUUUAUAUUUUGUACAGAAUCCAAAAAAAUUGUUGUUACUGAUGUUAUAAUUUUACGAAAAAAUGUUAAGGUAAAUGAUGUACAAUGUACAAUAUUUAUGAUAUAUAGAGAAACGAUUGUUUCGAUAAGAUCAGCUCAUUUCCAUUGAUAAAAAAAACCUCAACAUAUGUUUAGAACUCUCUCAAGUAAUUUAAUUAUUAAAUGUUCGUGUAAAUUUUGUGCGUUCUCCAACGAUUCGUUGAAUUAAUACUGCAAUCUUUCUCAAAUAAAGUUUAUAAGGUAAUUUUGUUACCUUUAUUUGCUCAUUAUUUUAAUCGCUGUAGUGAGUUUUUACUUCAGUCCAAAUGUUUUAAAUAAGUUACAUUGUGAAUUGAAAAUUUAAAUUUAUUUAAAGUUUUAUGAAAGAUGAAUGAAAGUUUGCGAAAAGCCGUGGUUAUGGAAAUAAAUAUAGUUUUUUUCCAAUUUAACGCGGAUUUGCGUUUUUAAGCUCUACAAGCCUGUCAGUCCAUUCUCGCUGGAAAUUUUGAAGUUUUCGGCGAUAAACGCUUUUAUUCACAUGUUCAUUAUCUUUCUGGCAGUUUGUGUUUUGUUUAAUAAUGAAAAAUAGACUAACUUCA